AUGUCCCCAUCCCCUUCCCCACGCCAGGACAACGCCACCUUCGACCCGAGUCCCUCUUCCCCAACGAUGCAUCCACCCGCCUCACAGUUACUGCCUCAUGCUCACACAUGCAUGCAUGCACCUGCAUCCAUCCGUACCCCUGACAACAUCACAUUCGACCCUGGCUUUCUCUUCCCCAACGACGCAUUCACCCGCCUCGCACACGCCAUGGCUGAUGCCAUGGGCGGCCCACACCGCUUUGACUACAUACACGUGCGGCGGGGGGACAAGCUGGACGCUAGGCGCUGGCCGCACCUGGAUCGAGACACCCGGCCCGAAGCUCUCCUGCAGAAGCUCCCAUCGCUCGUCCCGCCAAACACCACUCUCUACAUCGCAACCAACGAGCCACACCCCCACUUCUUUGACCCUCUUAAGGCUGCAUACAGCGUGUACAUUCAAGAGGAUUUUGAAUCUCUCUGGGCCAAAGGGUCGGCGUGGGAAGCCGAGAUGAGGGAGGUUGCGGCUUCGGUGGGUGUGGCGGUGGGGGAGAGGGUGGAGUUUGGCAGUGAGAUGCAGGUGCUGGUGGACUAUGCGCUCAAGAAGCUUGCGAGGCGGACGGUGGAGACGUUUAACGACCUGACUGAUGAUCCCAAGGACG